AUGAUUAUGACCUUGACGAACUUUUCACACACCUACUCCUUGUCGACGAAGGUGCUUCACUCUGCCCCUCACAUACCCCAUCCCACCCAAACUUCAAGUUCACUCUUGCCAUGUGCCUUAGAUCGGUAUUCCUUGAUCUCCCAUGAGCUUAUGCGGCCCCGCGCCCCACCUCAGGCGCGAGUCCCUCUAUACACCAGAACCCAGGCUACCGCGAAUUCCACCCAAGUUUUCACCUGUGCUUUGGCGUGGAUGCAUAUUUCCCGCUUCUCUCAAUGGGGUGGUCAGAAACACUUUGUAAUCAUUCUUGUACUGUAGGACGAUGUAACGUAUCAUAUUGCUUGACAACUUUGUCGAUAUUAUUACUUUGCUCAAA